AUGGCUCCAUACGAAGCUUUUUAUGGUCGAAAAUAUAGAUCUCCUAUUUGUUGGAAUGAAAUAAGUGAAAGAAAGAUUUUAGACCCAACUGUAGUACCGUGGAUUAAUGAGGCGUACGAAAAGGCGAAGUUAAUACGCCAACAAAUUCAGACACCUCAGAGCCGUCAAAAGAGCUAUGCAGAUAACUGGAAGAAGGAUUUGGAGUUUGCAGUUGGAGAUCAAGUCUUCCUUAAGAUCACUCCACUAAAAGAAAGUUUGAUAACAGGAACAGGAAAGAAGUUGCAACCUAGAUUUAUAGGACCUUAUAAGAUUCUCCAACGUGUGGAAAACGUGGCCUCUAAGUUGGAACUGCCACCAAGUUUGUCUCGAAUUCAUAAUAUUUUCCAUGUGUCUAUGCUCAAGAAGUAUCAUCCAGAUCCCUCCCAUGUACUGCAACCGAAAAAUAUCGAUAUCGACAAGGCUCUGACCUAUGCGGAGAAACCAGUGAAACUUCUGGAUCGUAAAGUGAAGGAACUAAGGAAUAAGUGA